AUGACCGGGCGGGCUACGGGGCCGGGCCGGGCUCUCACAGCCUACAAAUGCGGCUCCGCCGUGGCGGGGCCGCAGCCGCCGCUCGCAGCCCCCGGCAUGGCCGCGCCGCGUUGGUUCCUGGCGCUGCUGCUCCUCUUCUGGCUCGCCCUGGCCGCCGCGGGGCCACUGGGCGCUGUGCCAGACGGGCAGAAUGUGAAUGAUGGCCUCAUCCGGACACUGGUGCGGCCACGGGGUGUCCGGCUCAGGGCUGGGCACCGGCCCGGCAGCUGGCGCAGGUACCGGAGACCCCGACCCCGGCUCUCGCACAAGGGUCCAAUGCCCUUCUGAGGCAGGUGAGGAGCAGCGGGGACAAGGGGGGACACGCAGACACGUGUGAUGCUGCUGGGAGGGAACUCACGGAUCCUGACUUUGCUCUCGUGUCAGAGGCGUCCCCAGCCUGCCCUGGAUGUGGCUCCCACCACCCGUACAGUGCCACAGCCUGUGCUGCUCGUGCCUCAGCCCUGAGCAUGGACUUCCAUCCGUGAGCCCUCGGCUGGAGUCACCUCGUCCUCAUGGCUGCACGUGGAGGCCCAGCACCGUGUCUGGCUCAUGGUGCGGCUGGGUGCUGCCGCGAUGGUGGGCUUUGACCAAAGCACUUUGUCAGGCGGAGGAGCUUUUCCAGCUUACCCUGGGUGGGGGCGUCCUAUUUAUUCCCCUGGUGUUAACCCUGCACCCUGGGUGAGCUGCUCUCCCCUUCCCACUGCCAGCCCCCCAACCCCGGGGAACCCCAAGUCAUGGGGUGCCUGCCCAGAGCACAGGGGGGGCUCUGAGCCCCUCUGCCCACGCCAUGACAUAGGACAGUGGGAGAAUGGGGAGCACUGGGGUUUCUGUGUCAAGCACUGACAUAUGCCAAAGGAGGGGCCCUUGCUCUGAGCUGGGCCCUGUUGACCAUGUCUCAUGUCUGUAAAGAUUUAUUCUGUGUAAAUACAUCUUUGUAAUAAAGAGUUCUGAUGACAGAAAACCCUUAUU